UACGUUUUCCUGCAACAUUUGUACCAGAAUUCAAGAAUAACUGCGUCUCGAGUAGUUCAGUUUUUAGGAUAAACACAGAUUUAACUUCUCGAGUCUCCCGAUUAAGACCUAAUUGGACUGAUCAGAUUAGCGAUGAUCUUCAAACUCAAAGAUUUAUGGAAGCAAUUGAUCUGGUUGGAAGUGAAUUUGAAGAGAUCGUUAGAUAUUAUGGUAAAGUUUGGCUUCCAGCGAAAUUAUUUGUCAAACAAGCGAUCGUUAAUUGUAAGAAGGUACAUUCUUCCGGUGCAAUUAUUGAUUUAAGCCAAUCUGGAGAGAUGCCAUGGAUCGAGCAUUUGAUUAACACCGAGAAAGAGUUAAAUAUUGAAGGACAAAUUAAGUUUGCCAUUUUCUAUGAUGUCUCAGGGAUUUGGAGAUUAUCUUGUGUCCCCCAAUCUUAUUCACUAGAUGUGCUUCGUAUUCCUUUUCAUCCUGAUUGGCAUGGAUUAAGUUAUUCAGCUUUUUGUGAUAUCUCGGGUAUUCCUGAUUGUAUUUAUAUUCACCCGUUAAUUAGUGAUUUUGAAACCAGAGAGUCUUGUAUUGCAGUGGCCGAGAAAUUAAUUCAACUUAAUUCCGAUCGAUACCUUACCCUUAACAAAGCUCAUUCAAUUUCCGAUGGAUCAUUUUACUCUGUCACUGAUCAAUUAUCUUUAGUGGAGAUACCUAUUAUACAACCAAAGGGUUCGAUGAAAUUUUUUCCUCUCGACCUUAAGGUAGGUUUUUAACCGAAACACCCUUUAAGAUG